GGUCCUUACCAUCAUGAAGAGGACCACUAAAAGGCAAUGGAAAAGCAUAAGCAUCGAGCACUACUUCACUUUUUAAAACGAUCGGGAAAACCAAUCGAGGACUACGUUAAUGCAUUAGCGGAAGUGGUGGAUGAUUUGAAUGAUGCAUAUGAUCAAUUGGAUUCCAAAUGGCGACUAGGAACUGAAGAAUUUUUGAAGUUGAUGAUCCUUGAUGGUUGUUUCAUUUUGGAAAUAAUGCGCACUUGCGCUCCGGUUUUUAAUGACUACGAUCCCAAUGAUCCCAUCUUCAGCGAUCAUGGAAGGCUUUACAUUGUGCCAUACCUCAAACGCGACAUGUUGAAGCUUGAAAAUCAGUUGCCUCUGCUGGUUCUUGAGAAGCUAGUUGAGAGAGAAGAUGGGAUUGUGAUUAGGCUCAUUCUCAACUUCUUUGAUCAAAAACGUGUUGGAAACAUGGGAAAAUGCCUACACAUUUUAGAUGUAUAUCGGAAGAGCUUAUUGGAAGAACCUGACAAGAACGUUGACCAUAAAGUUCACCAAGGUGAAGACGAGAUCAUCCGGUCUGCUACCGAGCUUAACGAAGCUGGUAUCCAAAUCCAGAAAAGUGAAACAAAAAGCCUAAAAGAUAUCUCGUUCCAUAGAGGGGUGCUCAAGCUUCCACCAAUAAUGGUCGAUGAUACUACUGAAUCAAUAUAUCUAAAUCUAAUAGCAUUUGAGCGACUUCACGUCAAUGCAGGGAAUGAGGUGACUUCCUACAUCUUUUUCAUGGACAACAUCAUCGACAGUGCUGGAGACGUUAGCCUCCUGCACUCGAGUGGCAUCAUCCAGCAUGCUAUUGGCAGCGACAAAGCUGUUGCUGAAUUAUUCAAUUCUCUAUCCAAGGAUGUUACGCUAGAUCCUGAGAACAGAUUAGCAAAAGUGCAUAACAGUGUCAGUUACUACUGCAAGAAGCCAUGGAAUGCAUGGCGGGCUGAUAUCAUGCACAACUAUUUUAGAAAUCCAUGGUCUAUUCUUUCGGUCAUUGCAGCAAUAUUUCUUUUUGCUCUAACCACAAUUCAGACGGUAUACAGCGUCUUAAGUUACGCCAAUUCCUCAUCCAAAUAAUCCCUGUACAUGGCAACCUCAUUCUCAAGGAAUUAACCCUCGGCUUUCAGAUCACAAUUUAUUUUCUCGACUUUCUUUGUUUUGCUUUUUGUUCGAUUGAUCAAUUGAAUAAUAUAUUUUGCC